UGCAGCCCUUGUUUAGACAGAUUUAAGUGAAACUAGUGUAAAAAGAGUUUGCUGGGGAAGUUGGGAAGUCUUGGGAAGACCAGAAUCUUAAAGUGGGAUUUGUAACAUCAACAAGUUUCUGGUACCCUGUCCUUCCUGUCGGUUUUUGUGCAGAAGCUGUGUAUCCUGCCGUGUGCCAGUGGAGGCCACAGUCACUACAGUUGCUGAGCAGUCAGCAGCCUCAGCAGUUUCAUUUCCUCAAGACCACCCUUUCUAAGCGAGGUGAAUUUUUGGCAGGCCGUACAAGGAAAAGAUUGGGUCACUGAGACAGUUCUAGAGAAAGCCAGAGGAACAAAAACAGGGUGCAAGGAAGCUGAGGGAAAUUAGAGAGACUGUAUUUAACAAAAGGACAGGAAUAUUUCCAGGAAGGGUAAGAAAGGAAGAAAUCAAAAGUAAAACUUACAGAAUGGUACCGGAAGGGGUGGUCCUUUAAACUGCUGUAUGAAGGGCGAGGCCACAGUCAAGUAUUUAUCGCACAGUGCAGAUCACGGCAACUGAACUCUUGAUUCAGGUAAGACACAGAAGAACUAAUCCAGGGAAAGAGUUGCUGAGACUUGAGAUGACAAGGAGAUAGACAUAUUUUGGACCUGAAGAUGAACUCAUACUUGUGGUGGCCCUUUGGGUAAAGGCACAACUCGUGCCAGUGAAACAAGUCAGACGGGUUUUCUGAUCUGUUACUACCCUAAGCCUUUUGGAAGGAAUUUGUAUGCCUCAUUCUGUCAAAAGAUCCAAAUCCUGAUGUGAAAUGUGUACAGACUUCCACAAACUCCUUUUUGAAGUUUCCGAGGCUUUGGUCACAGAUGAACUGGUGGCACUGAAGUUCCUCAGCCUGGAUCACAUUCCCAUGAGGAAGCUGGAAGCCAUCCAGGAGCCAAAGGCCUUCUUCGAAGUGCUGCAGGAGAAAGACAUGAUUGAGUCAGGGAACCUGGCCUUUCUCAGGGAGCUACUCUACUGGAUCGGUCGGAUGGACCUCCUGUCUACCCACCUGGAUUCCAGCCGGGAGCAGAUGGAGAGAGAGCUGCAGGUCCAAGGCAGGGCAAAGGUGUCAGCUUACAGGCAACUGCUAUAUGGAAUUGCAGAGGACUUGACUCCAGAAGAUGUCAAAAAUGUGAAGUUCCUUCUCCAAAAAAAAUUGCCUAAGAACAAGCUCCAGGAUAAUGCUUCAAUGUUGCAGGUUUUUCUGGAAAUGGAAAGAAAUAGGAUAAUUAAAGAAGAUGACCUGACAACGCUGAAAGAUAUAUUAAAGCCAUUUAGAGCUGACAUAAAGAAAAAAAUUGAUAUCUAUGAAGAAAAAAAGAAAGAAAAUUAUUCUAAAGAAGAACUCCACUAUCCUGUGUCUGUUUCUCUGCAUCCAGUGGAACAAGGAGCAGAGGGGAAGACAACACACCUGCCUGUGGAAACAUAUAAGAUGAAAAAUAACCCCCAUGGUUACUGUGUGAUUCUUAACAACCACAUUUUUAACAAUCCGCAUUACAACAGAAGAGGAACAGUGAAAGAUGGAGAGGCUGUGAAGAGAGUCUUUAAGUGGCUUCAGUUUGAGACAGUUGAGCACAUGGAUCUGGAAGCAAAAGAAAUAUAUGAGAAAGUUAAAGAAUACAGCAAAAGAGAUCAUAGAAACAUGGACUGUUUUGUUUGCUUCAUUUUUUCCCAUGGUGAAAAACACAAAAUAAAAGGCAUUGAUGAUGAGUUAGUAAAUAUUAGAGAUUUGGUCUCCUGCUUCAGUGGAUCUAAUUGUCCCUCUCUCGCUGGCAAACCCAAGGUGUUUUUCAUCCAGGCUUGCCAAGGCUCUGUUGGUCAUCCAGCUGUUCCAGUAGAAUCAGACUUUUCUGGACAUCUUGGGACCGAUGCUACCCCUCCAACUUCCAUUCCUGAUCUGGCUGAUAUUCUGGUUGGCAUGUCUACAGUGGAAGACUAUUUGUCCUUCCGGAAUAGUGAGACUGGCAGUGUUUACAUUCAAUGCCUCUGUGACAAGAUAGAGUUGCUUUGCCCACACCGCAUCGAUCUCCUAACCAUCCUGACAACAGUGAACAGGGAAGUGGGAGGAAAAGAAUUUAAAGUAUGGAAUCAGAUGCCAGGAGGAAAAGUAUGGAAGCAGAUGCCACAGAUAAUAACAACACUACAGAAGCAACUGAUCUUCGAAAUUCCACAGGGACAGUCAAGUAAAAAGUAGAAAAAUAAGAAUGCAAUCAGUUUAGGCUUCCACAGGAAAGAGACUUUACAUGAGAAAUUAUCUAGAUCUGUGCAGUUAACCCCAGUCCUUGAAGGACCCAUAGGACCUAAAUUUUAAAAUUUCCAUAUUUAAUCAGUCUUCUGACACCUGGAUCUGUGGCAGUUGGGUAAGGCUGUGGAAGAGUACAGAUCUGGCUUUUUGUCCUGCAGAGGCAGUGGAAUAUAUUCAGUCUGGGUUUCAGGUGAGGAAGCAUGUAUAGGGUUGUAACUGCCUUACCCAGAGGUCUAUCUUUGGAAGCUAUAAUUUUUCAUGGAAAAUAACAUCCUGAUCCUGAAGGACCAAAAAAUCCAUGGUUAUGGUAAUACAAGAGGUUCUUUUCCUCCAGAUAUUUAGUUCAUUUUAUGUUAUUAGUUUACUUGGCUAAGCAGCAUUUUGGUGUAAGCUUUUUAACAGUAAGGGUUCUAAUUAGAUUUUUUCUCAGUGCCCCCAGGGGCCAGUGCAUCAU